CGUGCGGUCCGCUCAGUCAGUCAGUCAGUCUCUCGCUUUUCUCUGUUCAGUGCGCGCCAGGAGGGUGAAUAGAUGUCACCGCUGAAGCCUCGUGCGGGAAACACAUCUGUCUCGGUUUUUAACGUGGAAUUAACAGAAUCAGAUCCCCAGGACUUUUAGGAUAUUUUUUUUCAACCAAUUGAAAACGGACAGUAGGCCUAAAUGGACUUGACUAAAAUCAAACGGAAUUCACAGGAAUACUGAAGGAUUAAACGAACAGCAAACUGAGAACAACGGUCAAUGUCUUUAAGCUCUAGGACCGUUUUCUGUGAUCGUUAGGCUUUUCUGAUCUCUACCGGAAUAUAAGAGUUUGGCAAUAUCGUUGAGAAUGACAAUGGCAAUAUAGAGCAUAAUUUACUACAUAGUAACAAGAUAUAAUAUUUUACUAGUAGAGCUAUAUUGGAUCGUUCUACAAUGGAUUGGAGGACCGGACAUAUAUGAGUGGAUUUGACGUCUGCGUGUGACAGAGGCAAAGGCCCUCUCUCUCUCUCUCUACACAUUUCCGUGUGUGCGCCUCGGACGGACAGGGGGAAGGACAUGUGACUAGUAACCGGGAAAAAUGGAUUACCUCUCUCCAGCCAACAUCUCCCAAGAUGCAUCCCUUCUCUUUUCCGACUCCGGUCGCCACGGCAACGACCUUUACCUCGGUUACCAUGACUACGACCCCGGCAUCGACGACCCCGCCACGGAAGAUUCGUCGCCCCUCCCGCCCCUCCCUCCCCUCUACGCAGACACCCCCCUCCUGGAUUUGGGAGACUUGGGAGGGUACGGUCCGGGGGUAGGGGGGUAUGGGGACAGCUCUCUGGCAGGACUGGGGGACAGUACUAAGCUAGUAGGGGUCCAGGUGGUUUUAAUACUAGCCUACAGUACUAUUAUACUACUAGGAGUAGUGGGUAACUCUCUGGUGAUAUACGUGGUGUAUCGCUUCAAGACGCUGAGGACCGUUACUAACUUCUUCAUAGCUAACCUCGCUGUCGCUGACCUCCUGGUGAAUACAUUGUGUCUUCCCUUCACGUUGGUCUAUACUCUGCUCGGGGAGUGGAAGUUUGGCCAGGUGCUUUGUUUCCUGCUUCCCUAUGCACAGGGAUUGGCUGUCCACGUAUCCACGGUGACGCUCAACGUCAUAGCCCUUGAUAGACACAGGUGUAUAGUGUACCACCUGGAGACGAGGAUGAGAAAGGAUGUGUGUUUCGGGGUGAUUGCCGCCACAUGGGUACUGAGUGCGGUGCUGGCCAGUCCACUAGCUAUCUUCAGAGAGUAUGGUACCUUCAAUCUGGCUCCAGGACAGUUUAUACAGGUGUGUACAGAGAAGUGGCCUGGCAGCUCAACAGACGGGACAGUCUAUUCCAUCUCCAUGCUCCUCCUGCAAUACGUUCUCCCUCUAGCCGUGAUCUCCUUCGCCUACGCCCGCAUCUGGUCCAAACUCCGUUCUCACAUGUCCCCCGCCGGCCGCAACGACCGUCACCGCCGACGUCGCAAAACCACCAAGAUGCUGGUGACCAUGGUCGUGGUGUUCGCGGUCAGCUGGUUACCGUUCCACGCUUUUCAAUUGGCCACGGAUAUCGACAGCUCCGUCUUGGACAUGAGGGAUUUUAGACUGCUGUACACGCUGUUCCACGUGGUCGCCAUGUGCUCGACGUUCGCCAACCCUCUGCUCUACGGGUGGAUGAACAGCAAUUAUCGGACCGCGUUCAUGACCGUGUUCCGCUGUGACCAGAGGAUGGAUAGUGUCCAUCCAGAGGGAGGAGGAGGAGGAGGAGGAGGAGGAGGAGGAGGAGGGACGAAGAUGGACCUAGAGGCCCAGGACGUUGUGGCGAACCAUCUCAAUGCUACAGACCUCUGAGAGAGAAGAAGAUAGAGAGGUAGUGAAGGAGAAAGGAGAGAGAGAUGGAGAGAGCGAAAGAAAGAGAACGUAAGAGGGUAGGGAAGAGAAGAGACUGAAGAGAGAAAAUCACUGAGAUGGGAGAAAGAAAGGCUAGAGAGAAUAAUUGCAUCUUUGAAAGAACAUAAAAUGAGGGUGAGAGAGCGACAGAGAUAGAGAGAUUAAACCACUGCUUCCGGGAACACAUAAAUAAAGAGAAAAUGUCAGAGAUGGGAUGAAGCAACAAAAAAAAACAAAGAUGACAGAGAGAAAAUAAAAUGAAAAGGAGCUUAAAUUUCUAACCAGUUUAGUUUGUUCCUAAGUGGGGAACAGUAAUGGGCUGGGACUGGCUGGCUGGCUGUGCACAGGUUGAUGAUGACCUAAAUGUAGUCCCAAAUGCCAGAAUUUUUUGGGGUUGCAGCUUUAGAGUUGUUUGAAAGGUUGUUUGUAUCCCAAAUGGCACCUUAUUCCCUAUCAGGGCCCUGGUCAAAAGUAGUGCACUAUAUAGAGGAAUGGGGUACCGUUUGUUUGUGUGUGUGUGUGUGUGUGAGUGCGUGCGUGCGUGCGUGCAUGUGUGUGUCUCUUGAUGUCUUGGUAUUUAUAUAAGUCAACGGGUGAGAUGGUGAAAAUGUGAAAGGUAAUGUGAUGAGUCACAACGAUAGAGAGUUCAGGAAAAUAAUCUAAGACACUGGUGACAUUAGAAAAGCAUGACAAACCAUAGCAUGUUGGGGAAACUGUGGCGUGACAUGGGCGCCAUUUUGGAGACAUUUUGAGCCGCGAUGGAUGAAAUGGUGGCAAAUCAUGAUUUAACAUUGAUGGACUGACUGAAAUCCUAUAUAAUACAUGAAUACAUCAUUUAUACAUAAUGUGGAUAAUGGAUAUAUAAUAGAUGCAUAAUAUCCUGGUAUUUUUUUCAAGAACGAUGCAUGGUCAUCAAAUGUCUCAUGUUUAUCAUAGAAAGAAUGUAGACAGCUACAUUUCCUAAUGUUUUGCUUAAAGUUAAUCUUGCAUUUUACCCGGAGAAAAAUAGGCUUGGCUACAACGAGAAAAGUACCUGAGAACAGUAGCUCUACAUCAGUCAGAGUGCAGUCUGCUGAUAGAAUGAUGGAGAACAGUAGCUCCACAUCAGUCAGAGAGCUGUCUGCUGAU